AUGAAUCAACCACCCUACCCCCCCAACAUGCAUCAGCAUCCAUCUCAACACCCGCACCAGCAUCCGCACCCGCAUCAGCAACAACAUCCCCAUCAACACCAGCAACCACACCCACUUUCUCACCAGCACCAGCACCAGCACCAGCACCCGCAGCACCAAAGCCCUUACUCCACCGAGAUGCACCCACCUCCGCACCCUGUGUCAUCCUACCCGCCUCAUCAGAUUCAGCCGCUCCCAUCUAUGCCCCCUCCAUCCUUCCAGGACGGUCUAGUUCAGGCACAGGCAGCCCAGGCGCAAGGAGCUCCGCCGCCCGGCCCGGCGAGUGAAGCCAGUCCUCAGUCAGGCUCGGGGGGGCAGGAACGUCCGCCACUGACGACCGAGCAGCUGGAGGAGAUCAGGAAGAACCUGAUUCCCUUCUCUUCCCGAGACGCCCAGGGCAGGAAAUACACCCUCGAUGUUGUGCAACAGCCACAACGUGCACGAAUGUGUGGUUUUGGAGACAAGGACCGCCGUCCCAUCACCCCUCCACCCUGUGUACGACUGAUUGUGACGGACGAGAACACGGGCAAAGAAAUUGAUUGCAACGAGAUCGAGUAUGGCAUGUAUGUCCUGAAUGUGGACUUGUGGGACGAACAUGCGCUCAAGGAGGUCAAUCUUGUUCGGCACACGACAGCUUCACCUUCCAUCUCUUCGACUUCGCCAGCUUCCUAUGCUCAGAUGGAAUCAACACCGGCAUACUCAAACAUUCUGCCCUCCAACAUCCCGCCGAGGGAUGUGGGAUACGGGCAGGUGUACCCACCCCCCGGACAAGCCGUCGGUCCUUAUGGGAUGCAACCAGCAUACGGAGCCGGCUUUGUUGGCGCUCCCAACAGCGGUUAUGGACAGGCCCCCUAUUUUAGAGACUACCCCCAGGAAGUGGGCAUGUCGUAUGGAUUUGGGCCCCCACGCGUCUUCGAACCGUCCUAUGGCAUCGGAGGGCAGCGCAUGUCUAUCGGCGGAACCGCGCCAUCAGGCAUGUUUACGAGAAAUCUUAUUGGGAGCCUGGCCGCCAGUGCCUUCCGUCUCAACGACCCAGAUGACAAGAUUGGCAUCUGGUUUGUGCUUCAGGACUUGAGUGUGAGGACAGAGGGUUGCUUCCGUCUUCGGUUCUCCUUUGUCAACGUCGGAAUUCCCAUGUCGAACCCCGGAUCUGGCGCCAACGGCGUCGUCAACCAAGGAAGUGCCCCCGUGCUGGCCGCGGUCUUUUCGGAGGUUUUCCAGGUCUAUUCCGCCAAGAAAUUUCCCGGUGUCUGCGAGAGCACGCCGCUCAGCAAGUGUUUCGCUACCCAGGGCAUCAAGAUCCCUAUUCGCAAGGAUGGGCACGAGAAGAAGGGCAAUGCGGAUGAUGAUGAUGAUUAUGGUAACUAGGUGUCCCGGGGCUUGUCUUUCGCGGGAAGUCUAGCUGAGGUUGGAGUUUCUGUGUGUGUAUAGAGGAGAGGGUGAGUGAGGAGUAAAGAGUGGUCCGGAAAGAAGGGGACAUCAUGGGGUUAGGGUGUUGUUGAGUCGGUUGGUGGCGAUCUUACGUUCUAUUUUUACGGUUUCAUGUUUCUGUGCUUUUAUUCUCUUCUUUUUGUGCGAUAGCGUUCUUCUGUCUUGUUUUUGUGCGAAAAAGUAUUAUGAUUGCAGGCUCAGAGGUGAUACCAAAUGGAUACUUGUUUUUCUCUUGUUGUCAUCAGAGGGGUAGAGAGAGGGG